UGAUGUCAUCAGGCCAACUGACUGCAGUGCAGGUUUCAUUAGUAGGAAUGUAGGGGUUGAAGAGGGUUUGUGAUUCUGUUAGUGUGUGUGACCGUGACAGAGAAGCAAGAAGAUCGUUUUGUAAUGCUGGGGUUGGAUGCAGGCAAUGUGAGGAGUACACAGGGAGAUCCUUAAGAAAGGGUGGCAUCUCAUUGACAAAUAUUAUGCCUGGAGUAGAAUUAGAGCUCUACAGGAAGUUAGCAGAGCUGUAGUAAAGUUUCAGCUUGAGGGGAAAGGAAGGCAACAGAGAAGACAGCUUACACAAGAUGAUAGCCACUGGCAGCUGCUGAGGAAAAGGUGCCAGCUGGCAGAAACCUUGACUGAAAGAUAGAGAGAUAGAAAGCAAAGGAUACGAAAGAGACAAGAGUAAAUAACCAGGUGGAGGAGGAUUGCUUGAUCCAAUGCUAAACUCAUUACUGUACCACCAGGAGCCUUUCUGUGUCAGCACUAUGGGAAAGUCAGGAAGGAAAAGACUAUCUCAUGAGGAGUGUGGGGGCGUGGCUUCCUGCCUUCAAGCAAGCAGAAGUUUCAUCUGGCCUGGAGGACGAACACUACCAGAACACAAUCCCUCCCUAUGAUUCCCGCAUCAGUACUGCCAAACUACUAAUUGAGACCGAAGAAUUUGAGAUGGUGGUGGAUGUGUUGGAGGGGCUUCUAGAAGAGGAUGACGAGGUGGUCCAGGUCUGGUAUUUGUCUGGCUGGGUGUGCUACCUUCAGAUGCAGCGAGCGGGAGAGCACUUGGCUGGAGAGGCCAGAGAGGCAACAGAGGCAGAACAAGAGGAGUACGAUGCCUUGAAGGAGGCAGCGAGGUCGUACCUGACCAGAGCUAAGAAGCUCUACAUCAAGCUGGGCUGUGAUGACCAGCCCAUCCUGGACCACGCUGAGCAGCUGCUGGGGGAGCUGGGAGGGGAGACCGAGGGGGACGAGGAGCAGGGAGACCCCAACCUGGCAGGGGACUACGAACCCUGCAGCGACGAAGAGGAGGAGGAGGAUGCAGCCAUGGAGCACUGAGAGCCCUGGAUCCCAGCGAGGUUCAUUGACUGUUGCUUAUUGUCUGCCUAACUGACUUUGGUGAAGUUAUACCAUCGUCUUUUUAAUCGCCCCCCCCCCCCUCCCCCAUGUUUAUUCAAAUAUGAACUGUUUGUGAACUAGACACAUUAAAGGAAGUCACUCCA